AUGGCCGACGCCGCUGACUUGGAGCCGAUCACGACUGUCAUCGUCCCAAUUGCGCCAACUGCCGAUGCUCUGCAGGUUAUCUACACAAACAUUGUUCUGGUGGUUUUGGUGUCGAUAUGGACAGGAUUGCGCUUGUAUUCUCGACACAUGCGUCGAGUGCCCUUCGGCGUGGAUGAUCACCUCUACAUGGUGUCUCUGAUCGCAGCCUGGGUCACCAUGGGUCUCGCUACAUCAUGGAUGCUCAUGACCAUUCUCAUAGGCCUACUGAUUUGCAGGCCAAUUGCUAUGCAAUGGGAUCCAACAAUUCCGGGAGGCGUCUGCGGCGAUCAGGUCACAGCUUUCGCUGCCGUUGGCGUGGUUGAUCUCAUCGUCGAUGUCAUCAUUUUCGUGUUACCCAUUCCCAUGGUUUUGAAGCUGCAAGUUUCACGUGCUCACCGAAUUGCACUGAUAAGCAUCUUUGGCGCUGGCGUUCUGACCAUCGUGUUUGGCGCUCUCCGUCUUGCAUCCGUCUUCGCCGUUGACUUCCUCGACUUUUCAUACACAUCACCGACCGCCAUGAUCUGGGCCUCAGCUGAGGUUGGAGUUGCGCUCAUGGUCUCCUCCUCACCGAUUCUCCGCCCAGUCUUUGACCGCGUCUUCGGCCGAUUCAUUAGCACCUUGCGUUCAAGUGCUGGCCGAACCGACCCAAACAUAAGCUAUUACGCCGGCGGUAAAUCCGGGGCAACCGGUCCUCACACCCUGAUAUCUGCCGCGAAACACCCAUCCAGAUUUCCGGGCGGAUUCAUGGCCAUGAGCGAUUCCGACGAAAACUUGGAGAUGGAAACAAUGGGCCGGAAGGGAAGCUUACAAGCUGCGAAGAUUUCAAGUGGUAGGCAGAGGUUAGAUCACGUCCAUGGUGAAUUGGAAGGAGGCCAUGUUCACCGUGAUGAUGCGUCAACAGACAAGAUAUUUGUAAGAACAGAGAUUGUUCAGCAGACAACAUAG